GACCCCGGCCGGGCCGGGGCUGUCUCACUAUUUAUCCAUUUGUUUAUUUUCUCGUGCUUUUAAAAUUACUGUGACCAGUCCGGGACUACUCAGUACGAGAGAGACACGGAACAUCUGGAGCGGGUGCAGCAACACAGAUGUGUAAAGGACGGGAGCAUCUCUUCCACGAGGAAAGGCUGAGGGAGCUGGGCCUGCUCCGCCUCGAGAAGGAGACCACUGAGAGGGGCCCUUAUCAAUGUACGUAAGUGCCUGAAGUGGGAGGCGUCGAGAGGAUGGAGCCAGGCUCUGCUGGGAGGUGCCAAGCAACAGGACAAGAGGCAAGAAAACUGAUGCACAGGAAAUUCCCUCCGAAGAUGAGGAAGAACUGCUUUCCCGUGCAGAAAUGAUGGCGGAUGAUUUAGAAAAAUUUAUUGAAGACCAGAAGGCCAAGUUGGCACAAGAUAAGGCAGAACUUGAAAAUGAUCCACCUUACAUGGAAAUGAGGAAUAAGGAAUCAGAGAAGCUUUCUGAAACUAGCAAGAUGUUAAUCUCCAUGGCUAAAGAAAAUAUACCUCCAAAUAGUCAACAGAACUACCCUUCAGGUGACUAUGGCUUGAGUUUGCCUCUUGGAGAAGAAUAUGAACGAAAAAAACAUAAACUCAAAGAGGAACUUCGGCAAGAUUACAGGCGAUAUCUUUCUCAGGGAAUUUCACAGGCAAAAAGAAAGAAAAAUUAUCUGACUACUGAUGAAGUAGAUCCAUAUACUCAGGGAUUAUCUCUUCCUAUUGAUGAGCGAAGAUCUGCCAAGGAAAGAUUACGACUUGAAAGAAACAAGGAGUACAAUCAAUAUCUCAGGGAUAAAGAAGAAUGGAAUGAAAGGCUAAGGAAAUUAGGGAAGAAAAACAGAGAGCAUGAGAUGCACAGGAAUAAAACACCUAUUGCUGUUACCAGGCUCCAGCCAGAAUUACAUACAGAAGUCCAGCCCUGUAAUACAGGUGCAGAACCUCCCAAGAAGGAUGCUUUUACUUCCACAGAAGGUUGUGAAGAGCUGAUAAAUAAGAGAUGGCUGGAGGAAGACAGGCACCACAGGUUAGAUGAUGAGGUUGAAUUGAGAAGUCAACUAUUAAAUAAAAGAUUUGAUGAGGAUUUGGAUGUUCCCAAUCAAAGACAUGGAUUUGCUAGCCAAUCUGUAAUUCCUACUAGGAAGCAUCACAGAAUUGAUGAAGAUGGUGAUUUUGGUAGAAGAUACUACAGAGUGGACUAUGAUCCUGAGACAAAUGCAGAAAUGGACCCUAGAUUUAGAUCUGAAAGCACCUAUGACAGAAAAACUCCCCGGGGUUUUUAUGCUGAAAGAAAUCAGAUACAGAUGAGUUCUUCAGCUAGUGAACAGGCCAAGUCUGCAGGUGAAAGGCGGUAUGCAACAGGCCUUGUUCUUGGUGGUCAGGACCGAGAACUUCUUCAAAGGAGAAAGGAGAAGUACAGACAGGAGCUAAUGGAACAGAUGGCUGAGCAACAGCGGAAUAAGAGACGUGAGAAGGAACUUGAGCUCUCAGUUGCUGCCUCUGGAGCUCAAGACCCAGAAAAGAAGCUAAAUGAUGAGGAGCCAAAUAGAUUGAAGCAGUUUGGCUUCACAGCAAGAGCUUUUGAAGAGAAGUUACCUCCUGAAAGGCCCAGGGUGGCUUUCCAAACUCCAAUGCCAGCCCGUUCAGCCUCUCCAGUGAAUGAAGACUCUCAGAGUGAUAAAGAAUUUCAGAGGGGUGUAGUCAGCAGUCUUGGGGACAUGGUAGCUCCCAGGCUUGCACCGUUGCCACCGCCUCCAGCACCAGUUUUGACAGACAACUAUAAAACACCUUAUGAUGAUGCUUAUUACUUUUAUGGGGCUAGGAAUCCUUUGGAUCCUGCUCUUGCAUACUAUGGUACAGGUAUGAUGGGAAUGGAACCCACACCUAGUCUGGAUCCUCCAUUAGGCCAAGUUCCAGUAGGGCAACCCAUAAAUAACAUUGGACAGAGGAACACAGGAGACAGGCAAAGAAGCAUGGGAAUGUAUUCUGAAGAAAAAACAAAGCCUUCCAAAGAGGCAACAUUAUCUUAUCAACAAGAAUUACAACAGCAGAUAAGAGAGAGAGAAGAGCGACGCAGACAAGAGCGAGAGGAGAAGGAGAAGUUAGAAGCAGAAAUGAAGAAUUACAAUCCCUGGGGAAGAGGUGGUGGUGGUGCUCCUCUCAAAGAUGCAGACGGAAAUCUGAUAACGGACUUGAAUGUCAUGCACAAGCGAAAUGGAGAGGCAUAUCAUAAUCCAGAGGCAAGACUGUAUGAAGAUAAAAGGGCUAUUGUUGACCUAAAUUUGGCCUCCUCGAGACCUGAGAACUCAGAAGCAUCUACAAAUAAAAUAGCAGGUAUUACAUUUGCACAGGCCUCUCCUUUUGCUCGAGGUAAUGUGUUUGCUGAACCUCCAUCUCCAGAGCAGCUUAAGCGACAGGAAUCCUACAAGAACUUCCUGCGUCUACAGAUUGAAGAAAAGAGACGUAGGGAAGAAGCAGAGCGAGAAAAACUUAGAAUAGAAGAAGAAAAAGAGGAAAAACGACUUGCAGAGCAGAGGAUGAGGAUUCAAAAAGCAUAUGAAGAGGAACUAGAGGAGAAAAGGAGGAAAGAUGAGGAGCGAAGAUUGAAAAAUAAAGAAAUAAUUCAAUUAGGUGAAGAAAGGAGAAAAGAGGCAGAAAAACAAGGAAAAGAAAAAGAAGAAAAGCGAGAGGAACAGCUCAGACAAUAUUUUGAGAAAAAAGAGAAGGAGGAGGAAAAGAAGAUGUUGUCACGACAAUCUUCUCCCGUCGUUCCCGCUCUGCAGAACAAAUCAGUGAGAAAAGAGGAAAGGAUUCCCUCUGCUGAGAGCCGUCUGUCUUACUGUGCACAAGAUCCUCCACAGCCCAGAGCUCCUUCUCCACCUGUCCCUGCUAGAAGAAAUCAGCUGCGUUCAUUAGAGGAAAGGAAGAAUGUGAUCAAUGAAUUAUCAGAGAUGAGGAAACAGCUUCGUAGUGAAGAGAGGCGCCUGCAGGAGCAGUUGUUAAAUGUGGCCAGUCAUGAUAAUGUACCAAUUACACGCAGGAGGAGAGAGAAGAAUCCAAGGGACAUAUUUGAGAUGGCCAGGCUUCGUCUGCACGCUCCAGUUCGGCGACCUUCCUUAAAGGAGGCACCAGAUCCUGUCAAUAUGCAGAAUAUCUGGGAAUUUAAUGAACUAAAAUACAAAGAUUCUGAAACACGUAUGGUCUUGAGGCACAUGUAUCCUGAUCCUCCAAAAGAUGACCAGACUCUAGAGAUUCAACAGCAGGCACUGUUGAGGGAGCAGCAGAGGAAACUUGACAAAUUGAGAAUGAGGAGAGAAACAGAAGCAUUUGAUGAUCAAGAGGAUUCUGCUUUGGACAGCUACCCACAAACCAUGGGCCAGUUCAGGAACAAGUCUAAUGAAUUCCAGAAAAAUUCACUGUUGGAAUCGGAUAGUGCUUUUAUUGGUGCUAAUGGGGAAAUGUUUUCUGCCUUAGAAGAAGUGAAUUUAUUACCACAGCAUCCACUUUCUGCAAGGGAGAGGAGACGACUGAAGCAGAGAGCUUUGGAGAGUGCUGCACGUGAGGAGGUUCCACCAGGGCAGACGCCUUUGCUGCAGCCUGACAGCCUCUCCCUGCACUCCAACUUCAGCCUCGACGCGGAUCAGGUGAAAGGCAAGAACGAGGAACGACUGCACAGACUGACUGAGCUCCAGCAGAAAUCUCCUUCCUUGGGUGAUGACAUUUCCUUAGGGGAUGUGGACGACCUUCUGAAGCGUGCCCAGUCCCAGGCCAGCUCCACGGACACGGUGGCCACGGAGCCCUGGCUGCGGCCGGGAACGUCGGCCACGCUCCGGCGGCUGCUGGAGCAGCCGAGCUCGGCCAAGCUGUCCCCGGAGCCCGCGCUGCCGCGGGGCUGGCACGGGCUCUCCACCGCGCACGGCUGACCCGCCGGCACCCCAGGGCAUCCGCAGGGAGGGAGAGCUCUCCCCUGUGCAGCGUGGAGCUCCGUGGAACUGCAGACAGCAAUAAUAAAGGAUCAGACGCUGCAGUGGAACGGAGAUGGAGCGCGGGGAUGUUUUCUGUUCCGUGAUGUGGGACACAAGGAAUGGCUUGGCAGCUUUUGCACUUUUUAUACGACUUAAGUUUCAGCCUCAGAAACAGAGUGUGGUGUGUGUGUGUGAAUUUGAUAUUAAAUCAAAGAUGUUUUUUAGGUUUAUAGUAAAACUUCGGAACUUUCUGGCAUUAGAGCAGCCCAAGAGCAGAAGGGCAUUAGGUUUUUACCCAAAGAGUAACUUGAACAAGGACACUUGGUUUUCAUACAGGAUAGAUGCUGUCUUGCACAGCUAACACUUUCAUGGAAAAAAAAUUACUAUUAACAAUGUGUCUUACAUUCCCUAACUUGUUGUGUGCUGAAAAUACAGAUAUUGUUGAAUAUAUUUAUGGUUCUGAUUGAAGAGUUAAUAAAGUAUUUUGUUACUAAAAUUAUUUUUGUUAUAAAAACUGUGAAAGCCAACUUCAAUUUUCUUAAUUUAUGAUUUGCUUCAGCUUUCAUCUACUCAUGAGCAAACUGGAGUGUUAAGGCUGUCCCCAAAGAAAUAAAAACACAUGGAAAAAUC